AUGAUGACAAACUCCAAUUUCCGGUUAUCCAAACGGGAAAUGAAGGCCAUUCUUUUCGUGUUACUUCUGUUGCUGGCGGCGUUAUCCUACAAUGGAGCUCAGUCGCCGGGAAACCCUCAAAAUAACACGAAUGGGUAUAACCCGUGGGGUUUACCGACAGCUUACAACAUCGCGUAUGCCAUGUUUGGACUACUAGCCAUCAUGUUUCUGGGGCUGUUCUUCGCCUACUGCUGCUGCGGAUGCCGAUGCGGAGGCGGAGGGCUCGAUGCCGCAGUUCUUGAGACGUUCCCGACCCUUGAGUAUUCGGAGGCGAUGAGGCUCCAGAUUGGACGUGGCGAGGAGCUGAAUUGCGGCGUGUGUCUGUUUGAGUUCAAAGACCAUGAAAUGCUGCGUUUUAUCCCCAAUUGCAAUCACGUUUUCCACGCCCAUUGUAUUGAUAAGUGGCUCAAGUCGCACACCGAUUGUCCCUUAUGCCGAGUUGAUCUGGUACACGGAGCCAACGUGCCCCUACACCGACCCGAGUUCCCCAACGAGACAGAAAUGGAAUCUCAAAGCAACGCCGCUGCAGUCGAACCUACGGUUCAAGAAAGAGCUCAAGAACAACUUCCGGCGUUAGUACCCGCUACGGUGUCCGAUGAUUCAAUUAGAAGCCGUAUAAGUGGAUUUCGAUCAAGAAUGACACAACGAUUUCUCCGGCGGUCUCAAUCGACCGGCUACUCGUUUUUCCGGGCGGGCGAGAACACUGAGCGGUUCACUUUGAGGCUAUCCGCCGAGGUGAGGAAUAACAUACUGAACCGUCAAUUGGAACGAACCAGUAGCCAAGUGGUGUUGCCUAGAGAAAGCAGCUCGAGGCACGUGGACCGAGGCGGUGGAGAAGGGACUAGCAGAAGUGGGCCGACUACGUCGUCGAACAGUUGA